AUGCAAACAGCCUCCGAGUUAAUCUUAAGAUAAGAAUACCAAAGAAAAGUAAAUGAAUGUAUAGAAAAUUUGUAAAAUGCAGUGGAGGUAAAAAUAGUUAUUAAUAUAUUUGAAUAGAUGUCAUUUAUUAAUAUCGAUGCUUAACUUGAUGAGCUUCUUAAUAAUCAGUCUAAUAAUAUAAUAGAAUGUUAAUUAUAAUAUGAUUUACCAAAAAUAAAUUUGAAUUGUUUGCAUAACUUGUAAAAUGAGAAUUUACCAAAAUAAAUCUGUUAAUAAAUGAGUUCUUUAAUCUAAAAUAAUACAUUUAAUCAAAUGAAAAAGAAGUAAAAAUAAUAUGAAUAAGAAAUAAAAGAAACUUAAAUUAAAUUUGAAUCUAUAAUCUAAUCAAAAGAUAAUCAGAUUUAAUAAUUUACAAAAUCAUAGUCUAUUAUUCAAUAACCAUCAACACUUAUAUCUACAUAAUUAAAUUUUAAACCAUUCACUUAUUAAUUAAUUAAACAUAAUUCUAUUUAAUAAAAUGAAGAGUGUAGAGCAAUUGCAGUUAAUUAAAAUUGUUCAAUUAUGGUAGCUACAUGUAAUUGUUAAAUUAAAGUAUUUGAGUUUAAUUAAGGAAUCUUUAAAUAAGUUUCAAUUUUAAGUGAACAUAGUAAUAAUGUUUAUACUUUGAAUUUUAUGAAGAAAUCGGAUAAAUUUAUAUCUGGGAGCGGUGAUAAUACAAUUAUAAUAUGGACAAGAAAUCAAAAUAAUUAAUGGAUUUGCUAAUAGAAAUUGAAUGGACAUACGAGUGAUAUCUAUUGUUUGAUAUUAAAUAAUAAUGAAGAUCUUAUUGUAACUGGUAGUAAUGAUAAGACAAUUAAAUUCUGGUAGAAAUAAAAUGAAUGGUUGUGUUCUUAGACAAUCACUGAUCAUACUUAAUAUGUAGGUGGAUUAAGUUUUAAUGAAUAAUAAAAUAAAUUGAUAUCUUGUGGAAUAGAUAGAUUUAUAUUAGUAAUAGAAUAAUCAUAAUUGAAUAAAUAAUGGAUGGUAAUACAAAAGAUUAUAUUGGAAUAAUGUGGACUUCGAUUAAGCUUUAUCGAUGAUAAUACAUUCACAUUCUAACCACUUUAUAAAGAGUAGAUGUAAGUUUUUGAGAUGAAUAGUACGAAUAAAUAAUAUACAAAGAUGAAGGAUAUUCUAGUGAAAGGGGGUAUGGAUUUAUGGUUGUUUCCUAAAUAAUAUAUAAAAUAAAAAUGCAUACUUAUUAAUAAGAAUGCAUCAAAUGUGAAUUUAAUAAGGAAGAAACAAAAUGGUGAUUAUAUAGUUGAGUAAUCUAUUGAGUUUGGAACUAGAGGGAUAUUUGGAUGUUUGACUGAUGAUGGAUAGUAUUUGAUCACUUGGGAUGACAAAUCAAAAGAAUAUUAGAUUAGAAAAUAUGAGGAACAAUGA